CUCGCGGUGGGCCGACGAGCACCUCGACGAGCACCUGUGCGCUGGCCACCCCGACUGUUGUUGACGUCGCCGUCGCUCGUUCACACCUCAACUCAAGCAUGGCGGGCUGCAUCGCGUUCACCGCGCUCGCCACGCUCCUGGUAUUGGCGACGGCCAAUUCUCACCUCGUCGCCGGGAAGGGCGCCGGGGUCCUGCACGAUGGAGCCCCCAACGGCCAUUUGUCAGAGGAGCACGUCGUACUGAUGUUGAGCCAGGACGGCGCACACACCAAGCUGGAGCAGUGGCUGGAGGACGCGGUGUACCUAUUCAGGGACAAGAUGAACAAGAGUCAGCCCGAUCUCGGCCUGCCCGUGCUGGACCCCUUCUCCCUCCAGUCCGACAAGCCCAUCGUAGUGGACAACAAGGCGGCGCACCUCGACGUCACCUCGUACAGCGUGCUGGCCAAGAGCCUCUCCUCGCUCGAGGUCCAGGACCUGAGCCUGUACCUGAUGGAGCGAACGGGCGUGGUGGACGUCUCUUUGAAAGAGUUCACCGCCGACUUUGGCGUGGUGGUGGGGGAGGGCAGCUGGGUCAGCCCGCUCAAGAUUCCCCUUCGCGACCACCUUAAAAUCAGCUUUUCUUCCCCGCAUAUUUCAAUUCGCACCCGCACUAAAAUCACGUUAAGCGACGCCAAGCUGCACGUGGUAUCGGCUCGGAUCAAACUGGACCUCGGGGACUGGAAGUUUGCGAUCACGCACGAGGGCGAAGGAACCUCGGAGCACAACCCAGGCCUCGACGAGCUGCUGUCUGACUUGGUGCGGGACUUGGCGCCGUCCCUCAUCGAGGCAUGGAUGCCUGUCCUCGAGAAGUACGUCACCGCGCUGCUGGACGAGAAGCUCCAGAAGGUCCAGAUCAGCGACCUGAUUCCGCACGACUAGACGCGGAUGCAUUAUGCUAUGCGUCCACACCCCUAAACCUACAUCCAAUAAACCAGCGUCUCUUUUCA